AUGGACGAAGAGCGGAAGUUAAUGUUAGUCGGAGACGACGACCGAGUCAAAUCUUUUUCUUGGGAAUCUGUCACACCCGACGGUUCCCGCUUGGGGAAUCCAAAGCCUGUUCACACAUUGAAGGCGUCCAGUCAUCGCGGUCCGAUCGCCAUACUCCCCAAUGGGCGCAUUCUCCGUGCAGGUCCUGGGUCUGCUCUUAUGUGGGUCAUCGACGAUCUCGAGAUACAUGGUCCCAACCGUGCUCGUAUCGGCCGAGGAAAGUAUUCUACGCGGGACAGCUGGCGCGACAACGACGACGAUUCCAUAGAACUAUCGAAUGGAAGUCAGCCACAUGGAACUGUCUCGUUCUCUGAGACCACGCUACGGCCUUCCAUGUGGCGUCUCCAUCGCCCAAGCGGUGGCAUGUUAUUCGCUGAGUGGAAUUUAAGCAUCAAGAAGUACUCGUGUGGUCUGCUGGAUCUGGAGCACGGUGGGCGGAUUGCCACUCGCUUCAUUGGAUUUGGUGGCUUUAUAUCAGACAUGUCUAUCAGCGACGCAAAUCUGAACCUGUUUGCUACUUCCUGUAGUGAUGGAUACGCCAGAUUGUUUGAUGUGCGACAUCCGCUGCCGGCUGUCACUCUCAAUGCUGGGAGCCAGGCUGACAUCUAUUCGGCGGCGUACCCAGAUGGUAUACCUACUGUGUUCACCGGAGGACAUAAAAUCCAGCAGAUAAGGAUGUGGGAUAUCAGAGCAGGCGCAAUUGUUUACGAACUAGCGACGGGGAACAAUGAGGUUACCUCGUUGGCUUGGGAUCCCAAACACGCAUCUCUGUAUGCUUCUAUGGAAUGCCCGGGCAUCGACCGCAUCGGGUACCAUCAUGAUUGUCGAGUCGCGAGAGUACCGAAAUGGGGGGUACUUCAUCCUCAACCUGAGAGCCCCACGAGCAAUAAUCCAACCCGGAACAAGAACGAUGACGACAGCGACUCGGAGCAGGACGAAGACGAGGAUGAAGACGAGGACGAACUAGGACGUUGCUGGCCCGACCGAUCGUACCAUGACGAAAACUACUUUAGGUACUGCUUCGACGCCGGAGAUCAUAGGCUUUACCGCUUUGCUUUCAAACCGAAUGCAGAUCCCCUCAAAUUGCCUGAGUACGGACAAGCCACCUUAGACCAGGGAUACUGGUAG